AUGCCGCGGCGAACAAAAGCAGUUGCAAAGCGUAUAAAGAACUUAGUUCAAAGCGCGAAAAAUAGGGUAGAGCCAUAUGUCGUCAACACUGUUGAAUUUGUGCUAUCUGUAUUAUUGAGCGGCGCUACAUUUUGCCAAUCAGAAUUUCAAUUCAUGCUGAAUAACAUCAAAGUUCCGUCAGAAGCUACAUUUCAUCGAGUCCAAGAAAAGGUUGGUCGUGUUAUCAUAGAAGUUGCCAGAGAAUCUGUUAAUUAUUGGAAAUCUCGAAUGAGAAAAUGUUCGGGACUUUUGUUUGACGGUUCUUGGAGUCAGAGAAGAAAUGCAAUGUUUUGCUAUGUACAAUUUGUAGAAGAGAAACUCAAAAAAAUUGUAGAUUGGGAAGUGAUAUCUAAAUAUUUUAAAAAUUUCAAAGGUAAUUUCAACGGAAAAUCAAAUGAAAUGGAAUUUGAAGGCUUAAAAAGAAUGCUGAAGCGUUGGAAUAAUGAAAAACGUGUAAAUUUUUUUGUGCAUGAUGGCGAUGUCAAAAUUGUUUCUACAAUCCAAAAUACGUUCAAAGGUAUCAGAGAAUACAGAGAUCCUGGACAUUUUCUUAACAAUAUACAGAAAAAGCUCAAACUGCCAGAAUUCAGAAUCUUAUCUAGCAUUUCAAAGAAUUUAUUGCGUUGGCUUAGGCAACUUCUCAAUGACACACAUAUGUCAAUUAAAACAAAGAAGUUUUUAUGGUUGAAUUCCGCUAAACAUUAUGCCGGAAAUCAUAAAUUUUGUCCAGAUCCUGAAAAAUGCAAGAUGAUUAAACCAUGGAAAUAUGCAAAAAAUAAAACUGCUAUAAAAACACUUAAAAAAUUCCUCGAAGAUACCGUAAAAAUCUUUGAUAUGGUAAAAAAGAUUCAUUCAACUCAAGUAGUUGAAUCGAUAAACCAUAUCAAAGCAAUGCUUGCUAAUAAAAAUAUUAAUUGGCAUGCUUCUUGGCCAAU